AAUGAAAGAGAGGUGUAAUGUUUUGAUUAUCGUAAUUGUGAGUACGAGACGUCUGCCUGACGCGAACUUGUACCAGUGUAUUACAUUUCGUUUUUGUCUCACCCGUGUAACGUAAAGAUUAGACUUGCGUCAGAUCUUAUAUGAAAAUGCGUUUACUGUCGAUUGAAAUCAGUGAUUCAUAACUAAGUGACACCGAAGAACUGGAAAGCCAUGGAAACAAAAGAAAAGUUGAAGUUUGUAGAUGAAAACAUUGGUGUUUUGGAAAUAUCAGAAAGCUCAAUUGUGUUCACUCCACCACUGUAUAGACAACGUUACCAGAAAGUCAAGGAGAAAAUAGAAAGUUACAGCCAAGGAGCCUUCUCAAAGGUUUUAGAUCUUGGGUGCUCUGAUCUCAAAUUCUUUCGGUACCUACGAGAUAUCUCUGGUGUAAAAGAAAUUGUGGUGCUGGAUAAAGAUGAAGCCACCUUGAAGGACAAUAUCCAUCAUUUGAAGCCAAUGUUAGGGGACUUCAUUAUGUUACGAACAGAACCCCUCACUGUGAAAGCUGUUUGUGGUGAUGCAACUGUAUACAAUCCUGUAAUGAAGGAUGCCCAGGUUGUUACCAUGAUUGAGCUAAUAGAACAUAUGUAUCCUUCAGAACUACCCCACCUAAUUGACAAUGUGUUCAAGAGAUUGAGACCAAAACUUGUCAUAAUUACAACUCCAAACGCAGAUUUUAAUCAGUACAUUCCAGACUUUGUUCCUGGAACAUUUCGCCAUUGGGACCACAAGUUUGAGUGGAGUGGAGAAGAAUUCAGGAAUUGGUGCCAUGGAAUAGUUCAGGACACUUCAUACUACAAUGUGCAGAUAUCUGGUUGUGGUCUUGGACCUCACAAUACAUAUUGUACACAGAUGGCAAUUUUUAUUCGAUCGACAUCUGAUAUAGAAGAAUCCUUAGCUAUUGCUUUGGGUAGUGUUGCUCUGGACAGUAAGGGAAACAUUGGACAUGAUCCACUGGUGAAGUGUCAUUAUGAUAUAUUAGUGCCAAGAGAAAAAUCACAAAUAAUAUCUGAAGUAUCUUAUCCAGUUGAUAGCCGUACAGCAGAAGAAAAAGACAGGCAUUUCAUUCUUCACAGAUUUCAUUCCCUUAUCAGCUAUCUGCAGACUGGUGAAGACAAUCAAAACUAUUGUUUAGACUGGAGAGAAACAGGAACAGAUGAAAAAAACAAGAAUGGAGAGUGUGACAGUGGAACAGAUCAUUGUGAUUGGUCACCAAUACCAUUAAAUGGUGAGCUCCAUAACUCGAAGAAAGUAAUUGGACCAGUUGUUUUCCGCUGUCUACAUGUUAAUAAAGAAGAGGAGAUAAAGAAGAGCUCUGGUACAAAUGAAUUUACGUUUCCAAUAAUUAGGCAAAGAUGUGCUGUCAUAGACAUGGCAUCUCUUUCAGCAUGGAUCAAUUCAGAGGCUGAGGGAGAAAUACCAUUUAAUUUGAUAAGAUCAACAGUUGAGCCAGAAUGCUAUGAUUGUAGGGGAGAGGGCGAAACAUGGCAAGGUAAGACUCUCUUGUGGCAUGACUCCUCUGAAGAUGAAGAAAAAAGGGAAGUGGAUGACAGUAGUGAUGAUCAUUACAAGGCAUUGUCAGAAUAUGAUGAAAACCAUUGGGCUUGUGACACUUGGGAAGGCGUGAACAGUGUUGCACCACCAGUGAAACAGGCUGAGGAAGACUGGGAAUGGGGUGAAUCUGACACUUCUCAUGGUUCAGCAUGGGGUUCUUGAUAGCAAGUGGAUGUGGCCAUGGAAAUACAGAAUGGUGUGGUUGAGAUGGAACUGUAGAUAAUUUGUUCAUAUGUAAAUAAUAUUAUGUAUUAAAUUUGUGUUUCUGGUAUACAUAGUUGCAGAAUAUUUUAAUACUGUUGAGAAGUAGCAUUAAUAUUCUUUUACUUAUUAAUGGAUGUACAAUUGCUUAAGAAAGAAGAGGUGACCAUUGAUUUCAGUUCUUGAUAGUAAUUUAGUUUGUAAUCUAUCAGUGUAAUUUAACAUUAGGUUUUUAUUUAUUUAUUUGAUUGAGGUGUAUUUAACAUUUGCUGAGAAUGGAUGAAGAGAAGUUAGUAAGAUGAGCAGUAGAUAUGGAAGUAAGAUUAUGAAGACUAGUAGAAAGGUCCAUAAGAAAGGUGAUAGAUGAAGAGUAGACCUGAUGGGAGUUAAGGCAGAAAUUGCAGUUGAGAGGAGAGUGUGAAGAACUCAUUUCAUGUUUUAUCCCAUGGAGGGAAAAUCUGAUGUAUAAACUUUUAGUGAGGAUGACUGAGUUACUUUUCUAGCCUUUUAUAGGGCUCUCUAAAAGAAUUUGAUCCAUAAUGAGGUGAAAAUUGAAUCAUGCUGAAGUUAAAGUUAGCAAACUGUGUAAGAUGAGACUAUAUAUAUUUAUUUUACAAAUUAAUGUUCCCAUUAAAGGGAAGAGUAUGAUAUUGUAUUGGCUCAUGACUAGUGUACAUCAUUGUUCCCAAGAACACAUUUAGAAAGAUAGUGUAGACAUUUAAAGAAACAAAUCUUGCCAAACAACAUUCAUUGUAAAACUAAAACAAUUUUGAAGGUAAAAAGUAUCAUAGUGUACAACUAAAUAUUUAAGCUAAUGGAAUUAAAUAUAAAUACUCUAGUGUAUAAGGUAUUUAGUGCCAAAUUAUUUCUAGCAUUAUGUAAAAAGUAAAAAUGUCAUUGGCAUUGCUGUAGAUAGGAAGCACUCACAGUUUGCUAGUUGCAUUGUUAUAUGAGCAGAAACUUUUUGUUCAUUAGAUGAGCAUAAUGAGGGAUUCCAAUGGCUUUUUUUUUCAUAAAAGACAGACUGAAAGUCUUAUUCUCAGUCUGCAAUUGAAUUUAAAUAGCCUUUUUACACUUGGUUAAAGGGCCAAUAUUCUUCUGUGGAGUUUCUUUGGAAUUUACAUUAAAACUCAUUCCCUACUAAUAGCUGAACUCAGCUUCAAUAAACAGUUUUCUUAUACUGGUAUUGCACCGAAAGCAUCAGUAAUUAUAUCAAUGUAGUUGGAUGUCAAAUCUUGAAGGGCUAAAGAUUAUAUGUAUUUAUUGUGGUACUGUGAGCAUUCUUAUUAGUAGACCUUUUCCAGUUUUAAAACAUGUAAUAGAAAGUUCUUUAUUGAAAGUGAUUUUGUUUGUUUUAUAAGUUUCUAAAUUUAAUAGUAGUAUUUAGGUUUCACAGCUUUCAUCAUGUACUGGGCAUGUAUCCCGCUAAAUCGUGGACAAUCCCUAUUUUUAGAUUCAUAUCCACCCUUCAUCCAGGAAGUUCCUCUACUUCAUUCUUGGGGAACAGGUCUUCCAGUUCAAGGUCGUUUGCUUUGGGUUGACAGCAGCACCGCAGGUGAUCACAAGAGUAUUUACCCUAGUGUCGACAUGGGCUCGUGCUCAGGAUUUGCCUGUUGAGGUAUGUCAACAAUUGGCUGGUCUUGGCAAGUUCCCAAGAAAGACUUAAUCGGGACAGGGACUUUCUUCUCCAGUUUUGUCAGAACCUGGAUAUAUCGUGAUAAAUCCAGAGAAAUCCAAUCUUUCCAGCCAGAAGAUUCUUUACCUGGGAAUAGUAAUAGACACACAUCUUCAAGAGUUUUUUCAUCAGACCAGAGGUGAGAGUAGAGAAAUUCAGGACUGUGGCUUGCUCCUUCCUUUCGAAGGGGGAGCAACCAGCCUACCAGUUCUUCUGGGUCUCUUGUCCUCUCUCGUAAAGCUGGUCCCUUAUGGGUGUCUUCACAUUCGAUCUCUGCUGUGGAGGCUGAAGGAGUCUUGGUCCCUGGCAGGAGACUCCCUUCAACUCUAGGUCCCUCUGUCGGCAGAGGUGAGAAGCUACCUUCUGCGGUGGUUAGACAACCAGAACCUGACGGUGGGAGUUCCUCUUCAUUCACCCCUGCCGUAUCUGCACCUGUUCUCGGAUGCCUCCUCUGAAGGUUAGGGUGCUCAUCUAGAAGAGUGACUGACCUCGGGGGCAUUGACCUCUCAGGACAAGCAACUCCACAGCAACAUGUUGGAGUUGAAGACGGCCUUCCUGGGUCUUCAGGAGUUUUGGGAGAGAGUGGUGGGUUGCUCUGAUGUUGGACAACACCACAGUGGUAGCACAUGUGAACAAAUGGGGGCAUCAGUGGGCGACCAACAACUCGGUGGAGCUCGUGGCCAGGUACAUUCCGGGCAAGAGAAAUGUGCUGGCCGACAAGCUAAGUCAUCGAAGUCAAGUCCUCUGUACGGAGUGGUCUUGUUUGUAUGGUAGCAACGGGACCAACGGCUUUACUUGACUUUGGUCCCGUUGCUGAAUAACCACUACACAAAUUUAAGGAGGUAGUGCCAUCAAUGGUGGUCUUAUUCAUUCCAGUUUUGAGUAAUACUACAUAUUACUACAUUGUCAUUGGAAGACUGGGUCAUGACAAUUGAUAAAUCAGUGAUUACAAUCACCCCCGCAAGUGCCUCAGUUGCCUGAUUGGUAUUGUCUUGGCCUGCCACCUUGUUGGAUGCGUAUUCAAUUCUCAGGCAUUGCAUUGAGGUGUGAGAGAUGUGUAUUUCUGGUGAUAGAAGUUCGCUCUCGACAUGGUUUGGAAGUCACGUAAAGCCAUUGGUCCUGUUGCUAAAUAACCACUGGUUCCAUGCAGUGUAAAAACACCAUACAAACAAACAAUCAUCCCCGCCACCAAAAGUCUCUCUCUCUCUCUCUCUCUCCACUAAUUAGGUUACUUUUCUUAAGUGCCCUCAUUAUGCUCUCUUUUUCUGUCUGCAUUAUUGAAUUUCAAUUUUCUCCAUGUAUGUAAAAUUUAUAUACCCUUGUGUUUAUAUAGUGACAGUCAUAAUGGUGAAGAGAUAAUUAACUUGGGCUGACAUUGAUGUUUCUGGUUUUUGCACAUCAACCCCAUCACUAACAUCUGUUACAGCAUAGCUGACCAGAAUGUGAAGAUGCCAGUCAUAAUUUUCUUGGCCAACUGUACAUCCUUUUCAGAUUUUUGUGAUGUUGUCUAGUCUGUAACUUAAGGUUUUUGAAUGUUCCUGCAUAUUGUAGCUACAUAUUUGUGUAUUGUCAUACAGUUUACUGUUAUUUAUUACAGUAUUUUUCUCAAAAAUUCCAAGGUAACUCAAAUGUUUAAAGACAGCAACUAUAACACAUUGAAGUAAUCGUUAAAACUAGAAGGUUUAGGGCUUCUUGGGGAAAAUUAUAUAUGAAUUUUUCUGAUAUCUUGCAUAAGGAAAAGAACAUGAAAACAUGUCAGAAAUCGGAAAGAUUUUUUAAAACAUUUAUUUUUAUAUUUUUAAUUUCUUCUAUGAAAAAGUAAACAACUUUUCAAAACUUGAAAGAAUAUAUAUUCAUAAUAAAAAAUUUUGUGCUUGACUUCAGAAAUAUACCAAAUUUCUACAUAAGAAUUUUGAACUGUGGUGAAAAUUGUAGAUUGAGAAUUCAGUCUUGACAUAUUGUAGUGUGUAUAAAUAGAAAACUCAUAAAGCUGUGUGAUGGAA